AUGAUGUAAGUUGUUUAAUAUUACAUAUGUAUAAGUUGAUGGUUACUCUUCAUUUGUCUUGCUGGUGUGUUAGCUUUUUCGCUCAACUUCAGUUUCCGUAGUAGACUCAGACAAGCAUGUUUGUAAGAAAAUUGGUUGGCUGUCAAUAUUAUCUGCUGCUAGGAGGAAAUCACUAUGUAAUCAAAUGCAGAAUGCAAUGAUUAAUGUAUUUUUCUCCUGUUUUAACCAGUGCUAUGGCAGAGGCAGGAGGCCCCACUCAUCUUCUAGAUGUUUGUAGUCGGAAGUUCAUGGAAUUCUUGUUCAAUGCUGAACAUAAAUGCUUGGUGUGGUUGCGGGAAAUCGAGGACGAAGCCCUGAAGAUGUUUGAUAGGUAGGCUUAGGCUUUGACCCUUGAUUCCCAGGCAUCUUAUAAAAGGGGAAUAUGACUUUCCACCAGUGCCAUAAGCUCUGCACUAUUCUUAAGAGAUUAAAAAAAUGCAGAGUACCAGUCUGAUGGAAACCAAGGCUGUCUCUCUGGCAUGUGGGUUUUGUUUUUGGUUUUGCUUUAUUCUGCUCCUGGCAUAAGCUGGAUAUUUGCAUCAGAAGUUUAGGACUGACUGUUUAAUGGGCUUUUCUGCAUGUGGAUUCAGUGGCUGUCACUGUGAUAAAUACAUAUGAAUAUAUUAUUCUUUUACUAUCAACUGGCUGGUAUUGCAACAUGUUCUGGCCUGCUAGAAUGGCAGUAUAAUAGUUAAGAUUUUCUUCUGAAACAGGGACCAGCGUAUGGUAUUGAAUCCAACUAAACUUUGCUGAGGCUAGACUAGACCUAUUGGGAGCAAUGGAUUAGUAAUGUCCAUUAAUUUCAGUGGGUUUCCUCUAAAUAUGCCAAACAUUGAAUGCAACUUGCAAUCUUUAUUUUUGAUUUUGGUUCAGUUCAAUUAUUCAGUAGAUUGUUUUUAAUAGCAACUUCAGUGCUGAGCCUGAGCUGAUGCCCAGAACGCCUUCUCAAAAGAAGUAUCGGAAGAAGAAACGAUCUUCAACUUUUAAGGAUGAAUAUAAGGAACUAACUAGAAAAAGGUAUUGCAGUCAGAGGUCACAGAGAUAUAAUAUUUUUAGCUGUUCAUCUAUGUGUAUUUAAAAGAGCUAUAUCAAUUCUGUACUUGCCUAGGACUGAAUUAUAACUUGCUAAAUUGGUUGUUCCCAGGUUUUGCUGAUAUCAUGUUCUUCUCUCUGUUUCUAGAUUAUACUUGUCAGCCAGCACCAUGCAGUGCUUAAAUCAAGCCUUAGUUUUACCCUGCGCUGGGCACCUUUAAUAAGGACAAUGACUAUUCAGUGGAGUAACCUAUUGUUACAAAAGCCCAGUGCCUGCCCCUCUCUCCGCCAAGCAGUGGCAAGAGCGCAUGGGGUCACAGGCACACAUGCAAGGUCUGUGUCCCUUUGGAGAAUGGAAGACACGGCGGAGACUGUCAUGCUUUAAGAAAUAGGGUUUAUUCGCCUGUUUAUACCUUCAGCCUGCAUGGAGGGAGUCUAGAUCAUACAGCAUGGCUUUUUGUCCCCUUCUCUAAGAUGGAUCUCAGCCUUACUUCCUCCUCCUUCUGCCCAGAAGCCCCUGUUUCAAAACUCCCCUUUCCUGGCCCCUCAAACACACAGUUACCCUGGCAACUAUUGUGACACCUGACUCCCCAGGCCAAAGGAUCCUUCUGUGGCCCCUCAACACCUUUUUGUAAUGCUAGCAGGUCUCCUCUUCUCCCAGCCAGCCAGGCUGGUUUGCAUAAGCCAGCCCAGGAAUUCCUUUGCAGCUUGCACUCUCCCUUCAUACCACAAUUAACCAAAAUCCUAGCAUUUAUUAGUUUCUAGGUUUAUCCUGUCUAUAGCACUACAAAGAAAAUGGAGGGAUUUGGUGUGGUCACACUCAAUUCUAGUGGAAAAAACCUCUGUGGAAUAUCUGAAAUUUGUAUCCCAGUUUCUGGUGCCACCCUGUGGCUUAACAUAGAAUAGACAUAUUUUUUUAGAUUUUAAAAAACUUUAACAAAAUGUUUAUUUGUUGUUUCUCUUUUAAGACUGUCUAGAAGACGAAGCAGUGUAAAGAUAGUACCUUCUCAGUGUCUGUCCCCAUGUGAAGAGAAACUGAAAAAAAUUGAUGUGGGGUUGGCAAGAUCCAUGUCUGGUUUUGCGGCCUGCUCUGUUGCUAAACCAACUUCAGAAGUACAGUGUGACAAGUUGACUAUGUAUCCAGCAGGUGGUGGAGCACUUGGUACUGACUGUAGCCAAAAUAGUGAAUUAUCAGGAAAACUGAAUGAGGAGAUGAAUGGAGAUCCUGAAAUCAUCACUGUGGGUUCUAGCGGCUGUUCAGUUGCUAGGCCUGGGGCUACAGAGGCUGCAGGUGUAGCAAACAGCUCUGCGCUGGUGCUGACAGACACAACUGAUCCGGGAAACGCAGAAAAAGAUGCAGUCGGGUCAAUGCGUACAUCCACUCCAAACACAUCUUUGAAUGAAAAAGCAAUGUGUGAAAGUGAAGACUUUCCUUCCCAAGAAUUAGUCACUAAUAUGGUGCCCGAGGCAGAGUUUUCCCAAGGUUUAAAGAACAACACUGGAACUUCUGCAGACUCUCAGUCAAGCCACCCCCCUCCAAAUAGACCUCGCAAGAGCAGGCGGGUGUCACUCGCGGAGAAAUACUCACUAGCCAACAAAAGGAAAAGCAUGAUUCGGAAAUCCAUCCACAAGAGCGUUGCUCAGAAGAAAGCAGUUUGGGACUCCUCAUCUACCUCUAGCCAAGUAAGCUGUAAGUAAAGACAAUUCAGUUCACUUCUGGGAUGUAAGGCUCUACAAGCUGACAACAUGUAGCCUUAAGUUUGUGACAUAUGGGAAAGAAAUUGGCAUCUCCAAUAUGCUGCUUAUAUAGAAAGUGCGGGGUCACUUCCUAAUAGGAGCGCCUUCAAAACUUGAUAGCUAACCCUGGUACACCCAGUGUAUUAGCCUUCUUUUUGCAUGCUAGGAACUACUCUGAAAAGUACACUGGUAUUCCUUAACAGUUCACGCCUCACAUCUCCCCUUAACUAACACUGAUUUAAUAAAACCUGUGGCAUACUAUGCUCUUUGUCAUGCACAGUGAAAGUGCUGAAUGAAGACAAGUAGCAAAUGGGCUGGUAUGUUAAUUCUGUCCAUGUGUAUGUGCACACACCAGAGAGAAUACACACACAUACACCAUUCACUGUAGCAGAACUUGUUGAUAUGUUUAAAGUUCUGCCUCUUAGACUGACAGAGUUGCUAAUGGGAGGGAGAGAAGCAAACCACACUUUUACCCUUCAAGCAUUUGUUCAACUAAUGGUUUUCUUUAACUUUUUUAUUCUCCAGGCCACAAUUCCAUUGAUAUAUUCAUGGAUGAUGAAACCAGCAAACACAGGUGAGCAAGCUUUACAAACAUACAGAAAUCAAAGCCCUUUGGAAGAUUCUGCUAUAACUUUAACUUUAAAUUUUAAAAAAGAGUUUUUUAAAAAAAAUUCUGACCAGUGCCAUUAUAAAGGUUGCUAAAAUGGAAAUAAGAGAAAUAUGUUUUCCUUUUAAUUCAUUUUAAAUGUUAACAUUAUAGCAUAGUGAUGUGUUAGCACUAUAUCUCUUUCAUUAUAAAAAAAUACCAAACCCAAAAUCACCCCUACCUGGAAAAUUGUCUUAGUGGCAGUUAAAACAAAACAAACAAACAAACAAACAAACAAACAGGGUCAUAAAAUGGCACCUAUCACAAGUGUUUUGCUAAUGUGUGUUGAGCAUCAAACACCCUACCCACAGCAUCUAUGUCAUGCCUUCUAGUGUGGAUGGAUCUUAGUGGAAUGCACACUUAAGAAAAAUACUCAUAAUGUGGAAAAUAAGUUGCGGUUCUGUCUGUAGUUUACGGUGGAAGAGCAAAGACUGGGAGCAGCCUCAGUCUCAAGGCUCUGUUGCACUUUGGUUCUUGACUAAGGUCACAAGUGGCAGAGGGAGCUUUUGGUCCUAAUUGACAAGAAAGCCCUAGUUGUCUGGCCUAUACUCCUCGCCUUCCCAGAUUUAUGUGGCGAUCUGCUCCUCAGCUCAGGAAUCUACUGGUAAAAUGUCCCCAGGGUAUAAAGAGGUUCAUUGCAUACAUAUGUGUUGUGAUAUAUGCUUAAAUGGUGCUUAUUUAACACUUUGGAUGUCUUUCUGGCACACUUGACUAAAGGAUUGGUCAUUGCUCUCUUGGCAGCUCUGAGGCUCCUAAUAAACAUAUAGCUUAAAGUCACUUUACGUCAGGACUGGGGAACCUGUGGGCCUCCUAAUGUCAUUGCAACAUCAAUUGCAACCAGCAUUGCCAGUGGUCAGGGAUGAUGGGAGCCAGAGUCCAACAACUUAUGGAGGUCUACAAGCUCUCCAUUCCUGUUUUCUACUGUCCACUUUAAGACCAGUGGCUCUGCAAAAAGUCUUUACCUUUCCUUGGAGUCUUAUGUUCAGUUUAAACUUCUGAAGUUGCACCCUGAAGGGCAUAAAAAAAGUAGACUGCUAGACCUGGGGACACAAUAUGCUGUUCUUUCAGCUUUGUUCUAUCAGAAGAUUCAACUUCUGUUCAAGUAACCCAUCAAUUGUUCUUUGGAAGUGCCUUAAGGUUUUAAUCUGUUCAUGCAGCCAUUGUUUUGAUCUCUGUUGGGAUGGGUAAUGCUUUGUCAAAAUGACUCUCCUUAGGCCUUUUUUGGCAAAGAAUGCUGAAACCAGUGAGGUAAGGUAUUGAUAAGCUAUUCACUGGGUUACACUUGGUGAAUUGCCUGCUCUUUCUUUGCACCUGCUUUAGUUCAGAUCACUUUCCCUCAUAAUCUUGUACGAAUCUAUCGGUUGGAUCAGAGGACCGGUCAGUUAGUUCUGUCAGGAUGGCUAGUGAUAGAUGCUCCGUGUUAAAAGGCAUCCAAACAAAACUUGGAGACUUGUGCAAAAUGCAGAGGAAAACUAAGUGUUGUAUCUGUCGGGUAGAGAAGUAAAUUAGGGCCUUAGACAUGAGCCUCUUGGAGGUUCUGAGUCUUAACCCUUGUGUGUGGUCUUGGGAAGAAGUUUUUAUUUGACACCCCUGUUUUCUGUUUUGGGUGUCAGAUUAGACUUGUAAAAGUAUCUCAUUGCAGGGACUUACCGUAUUUUUCGCCCCAUAGGAUGCACUUUUCCCCCUCCAAAAAUGAAGGGGAAAUGUGUGUGCGUCCUAUGGGGCGAAUGCAGGCUUUCGCUGAAGCCUGGAGAGCGAGAGGCAUCGGUGCACACCGACCCCUCUCGCUCUCCAGGCUUCAGGAAGCUAUCCGCAAGCCUUGCAAGCCCGGCGGGAGUUCCCGCGGGCUCACAAGGCUUGCGGGCAGCAGCCUGCAGCCCGAAGCACGGGAGGCCCUCCGGAGGGCGCCCUGUGCUUCGGGCGGGUGUGCGCAAGCCUUGCGCACCCGGCGGGAGGUCCUGCCGGGCAUGCGAGGCUUGGGGCGGCAGCCCGAAGCACAGUGAGCCCUCCGGAGGGCGCCCCGUGCUUCAGGCAGGUGUGCACAAGGCUUGGGGCGGCAGCCGCGGCUGGGGGGGGGGAAAUAAUUUUUUUUUUCAUCCCCCCCCCAAAAAAACGAGGUGCGUCCUAUGGGCCGGUGCGCCCUAUAGGACAAAAAAUACGGUAGGUUCUUGUGUCAAGAUAGAGCUAUUACCCCUUGUGCAACUGAACAGACAUUAUCCAUCUUAACUAAUGCAAGUAAUUAAGUCUGUAUUGCCGGCUGCUACUGUGUUGGGAUAUUUUUCACCUUAAUUUGCCAAAAUAAGACACCACCACUGCUAUGUUAUGGAGGGGCAGCUCAGUCAGUAGAGCAUGAGACUCUUAAUCUCAGGGUUGUGGGUUAGAACCCCAUGUUGGGUGAAAGAUUCCUGCAUUGCAGGGGGUUAGACUAAAUGACCCUUGUGGUCCCUUUCAACUUUACAUAUCUCUGACUCUCUGUCUUUUCUAAGCCAGGUAGGCCCAACCUACAUGACCACACUGAACCCUUUGCCCAGAUAUUUUAGCUUUUAUGUGGAGGAAUUGAAUAAGCAUGCCUUCUCUCCUUUCUCCCCCAUGACACCACUGCCUGUAGUGCUAGUCUAAGAAGGUUUUUUUUGUUCUUCUAAUAGUAUAAACUGAUCCCAAGACUCCUGCUUCUGGUGUUUGAAUAUUUCUUUGACUUCGGUUGGGUUCCCUCACUGGGUGCUAUAUAGCUGCUUUCUUGGAAAUAGACUUUUAAUAUUUCUCUCUCUUUCAUCUUUCUUCGUGAAAAAUGGCACGUGCUUAUUUUACUGUUUGUGUGAGUUGCUCUGGUUUCGGUGUCCCAUUGUGCCAGAAGUGGCUUAGUCAUUGCUGGCCACAUGACCUAGAAAAAACUGUCUGUGGACAAACGCUGGCUCCUUUGGCCUGUAAAGCGAGAUGAGCGCCGCAACCCCAGAGUCGUUCGCGACUGGACUUAACUGUCGGGUCCUUUACCUUUUAAUAAAAGUUAUGCAUGUGCUUCAUCUAGGAUUCAGCUCGCUCAACCUUGUGGAAGGAUUGUCACUCUAGUGUUAAAACAUUAUUUUUUCCUUUAGGCUUUGAACACACUACAAAAUAUGACUUGUACUCUGGGUGCACCUAGUCUGAAUAUUUGUUGCACUGUGCAAAGUCCAGUUCCGCUUGAGGUGCAGCGAGGGGAAUCAUGCAGUAAAGGUAAACAGCUUCAUGCAAUCAAAGCUGCCUGCGCAGCAUAGGACUUUGUGAAAGAAAUGAAAGUAGAAGUUGCCAUCAACCCACUAUAGCAUUGUUUGAAUCAUUUUCUUUUUAUUUUAAAAAUCUAUUUUUGUUUCUUUAGAAUUUUAAUUAUAUGGGUUGUGUUUCCAAGUUUAGAAUAAAGGGGAGCUGUCAUAUAAAUUAACCUGCAUAAAUGCUUAGCAUCUUGUCCUUCCGGUGGAAAAGAUCCAGGCACAAGAGACCUGAAUCCUGCCAUACUGUUACUAUGCCUAGGUUAGCAUCGUCUAGAGUACACGUUGCGCCCAUAGUACAAUUUCCACCUAACCUUAGCUGCCAUCAGUUGAGGGUGGCUUUUGUGAUACUGUUUCAGGAAAAUACCCUUCAUUGAACUAAUUGUGCCUUCUCCACAGAAACAGCUGAAACUAAAAUUACUGACACCCAGGUCUGUGGAGCUGACUAUUCAGCCCAGAGCUGUCCCCAGGAGCAAUUGCAGAAUAUACGGUAUGUUUUCUUUUGGGAGCAUAAUCUGGUGUGGCCUCUCUUUUUUCUUUUCAGUUUUGAUAUAAUCCACCUCAGUUUCCUGUCAAUGCAGUUACCAAAAGUUGUUUCAGGUAGAAAGAGUUCUCCUGGAAAGUAUCAUGACGCCUUGUGUUAGGGAUUGGUUACACAAGUAUAUCUGAUGAAAGCUUAUCUUUGUUCUGGGAGAUGAGUUCUUCCAGGAUGGGUCCAGCCAGUGAGCCAGAUUCUUCUCUCUUUUCUUAUCCCCCCCACCCCAUCCCUCCACUCUGUGGGUCACCAUUGGCAGGUGGGUGGACUUAGAAAUAGUAUGCAGUCCAUUAUCUUUACUGGUAAAAGCUCCAUAAUGAACAUCUCCUAGUAUAACAGAUCAGAGGAAAUUUGGAUAUCUGGGUAAGCUUAAUACAUGUACAUUGACUCAGAAUUGGAAGUGUCAGGCAAAAUUGGCUAUCAUGAAACCAUGUGGCAUAACAGUAUACAGUGGUACCUUGGAUCCCGAAUGCCUUGGUACUUGGAUGUUUUGGCUCCUGAACACCGAAAAUCCAGAAGUGAGUGUUCCAGUUUGCGAAUGUUCUUUGGAACCCAAACGCCUGAGGGGCUUCCGCAGCUUCCAGUUGGCUGCAGGAGCUUCCUGCAGCCAAUCAGAAGCCAUGCUUUGGUUUCCGAACGUUUUGGAAGUUGGAACAGAUUUCUGGAACGGAUUCUGUUUUACUUCCAAGAACAACUGUAUAUUCUUGAACAUGUUACUAUAUCAAGGUGUUAUUUUACUCUAUCUGAAGAGUCCAAAAUUUUGGAUUCAAAAAUAUAUAGAAGGUUUUUUAUUUCUUGUGCUUGCUAGGUUUUUGUUUUGUUUUUGUGGUUUCCUCUGUAAUCCCUCUCCCCCUCCCCUGUUUUUUUUUGAGCGUCACUGGAGAGCUUAUAGGGCACCUUGACCUCUAUGAGUAAGAGGCCCAAAACCUUUUGAUCAUGCUUAAUCGUUGGGAGUCUUCAGAUCUCUGACAGCAAGGAUAAUUUAUGUAAUUGGGAUUGCUAUGUAUACACUUAAUGCUCUUUUCAGGAGCCAGAGUUAUAAACAAGCAAUGGAUGAACUGCCUGCUGCCCAGCACACACAGGAUGAAGGCACUUCUCUUCCUAGUCACAAACCCACGUCUCCUGCAAACAAGCCCUUAUCUGGCCCAGGCAAGGUAAGUAAACGCCAAGGACAACAUAAUGGCCCUUUUCUGAUGCCACAGCACCGGCCAGCUACUAAGAACAUCCAUACUCUUCCGACAGAUCACUCGGCCUUUCAAAAACUUCUUCCAGACAAUACAGAAGAGCCAGCUACUCAAAUCCCCAGGGUCUGCAGGCCACAAUAGUGUCAUGAAAAAUCUCAUCAAACGUGGCACCCCCAGUAAGCCUACCUCCAAGGUAGGUGUCAAGGAUGCUGCUCAAGUUAAAACUCUGCUACACACUGAGCUCCUGGCAGCUGCAGUUACCUUGCGUAGCAGGGCUAAGGGACCUCUGCAUGAGACCUUGCAGAACUGCUGCCAGCUGGAUUGGGUUUGGUGAACUAAUAGUGUGGGCUUAUGCAUCCUUUUAUCACACUGAGAGAUGUGAGGUUGGGGCUAGGACUGUCAUUUUGUAAGUGGCCUCGUGGGAAAUUUCCAGCGCAUACCAGCAAGAGAAGUUUCUUCCUCCACUUGUGCAUGUGGGUUCGAUCGGUCUGCCUUACUCUUGGGGAAACCAAUUUGGGAGGUCACCAGUCAGACCAAGCCAUCAUCUUCUGCCCUUUGUCCUAUCUGAAGCACGGCUGAAGUCUCUUCAAAAUUAAGCUUGUUGGACUUCCCAGCUUUGGCUUGGUUUAAUUUAAUUCCGAUUCCUGCUGUGGAACUUGGGAUCUUUGAUAGCUUUAAGGCAGCAAACUGGGGUUUAUUUGCCUCCUCUCUCCUCUGUUAUUACUGAUAAGGUAAAGAGGUUAUUUGCUGGGCCCCGGGGCCAUUUUGCAUCUUCUCACAAGCCUUUCCUUUACUAAGGCAGAAGGAACUGCUAUUGAAUCACUCUAAUGAACUGGUUAGUUAGCAUUUAGACUUGGAAACUAAGUAACUUGUCUUUCCUUUCCUUUUCAUAUUCAUCCUACCAAAGGGAGAGUUUGUUGUAAGUAACUAUUUUUCUCAUUUUGUGGCCUGGGAAUUGUUUUUUUAAAAAAGACUUAACUGCCCUAAAUGCACUACCCAUUUUAGCUGCAUAUGGAUCUUUUCGGAAGGUUUUGGUGUUUCACGUACCUAAGUACUGCUACACGUACUGAUCUGGCUUUAACUCGUGGUAGUGAGGUUGGAGAAAACAUUGCUUUUCUUGGCUAUUGGGUCAAUAAUAAAUAAUAAUAGUAAAUAAUAAUAAUAAUAAAUGGUUGCCACAACCGGAAGUAGGCUAAACUUUCUACACAUCAUAGGAAAAGGAGCGACAGCGUCUUGAGAGUUUGCGGAAAAAGCAAGAAGCUGAGCAGCAGAGGAAGCAGAAAGUUGAGGAAGAAAAAAAGCGGCGACUAGAAGAGAUAAGGCUGUAGGUAGCUGUUCACCCUCAGUCCCGUUUGCAUAACUGGGGGCCAUUCACCUAGAUAAGUCCAGCCUGCAGUCUAAGCUAGGCAUGGCAGGCCAUUUAUACAAAUUACACCCAUGGGGAGCUCUGUACUGCAGCCACUUCCAGCAGGCUGAUUGGCCAUGAUAGCAAGCCUUCCUUGCUAAUGAGCAAUUGGGAGUGCAUGUUAAGGUUCCCUGUGGCGCGUUCCCUGCCUGCCCCAUACCUGAUCCCACAUAUCAUGCCAGGUAUGGGCCUGGUGGACGUGGUUUGGGGGAAGCAGCAUUGCUUGCCAAAUUGGGGCUUUGUGCCAGGCCUAAGGUUCCCCAGCCUCUACUAUAAACACACCUAUUUCUCUACAUCUCACAGAAAGCGGGAAGAACGGCUAAGAAAGACACUGCAAGCUCGAGAACGGGUGGAGCAGAUGGGGGAAGAAAAGAGAAGGAGAAUGGAGCAGAAGUUAUCUCAACAUGAAGAAAGGAGCGAGAAGGUAGGAGAUGGUCCCAUUUUCUUCCUAGCCUUUUAAUGACAGUGGUCAGAGCAUGUAAGCGGAUUCCUAUUGGUAUAUUGUGUCAUCCAUUCUGAGAGAUGUGGUUUUAUGUUUUAUUAAAUAGGCUACCAACGUUAAUUCUUUGUAUACAGUAUAUGUAAUCCAGGGGUCACUAAUGUGGUAUCCUCCAGAAGUUGCUGGAAAACAGCUCCCAUUAUCUCUGACUAUUGGCCAUGCUGACUGAGGCUGAUGGGAGUUGUAGUCCAACAAUCUCCGGAAAGCACCACAUUGGCUACUUUUGGUUUGGCCUUUUAACAAGAGCUGAAGAACUUUCGCUCAGAUGUUUCUUGACUCUGACUCACAUCAGCCCCAGCCUCUGUGACCCAAGGUAAUGAUGAUGGGAGUUGCAGUCCAAGAACAUAUGGAGGGCACUUGGUUCCCGAGCCUUGCUCCUAGCAAUCCUGUGAGGCCAGGGAGGCUGAGGGGCUACAACUAGCUCAAGGUCACCUUAUGAGCUACACCCAGUGGGGAUCUGAAGCUGGGUCUCUUCAGUUCUGGUCUGGCACUGACUACAGGAUCGCUCUUGGUACUCGGCACUGAGAUCAUAAACUCAAAUCAGUACUUCACAGGCAUGUAGGGUUGAUAAUUCUUAACUGGGUUCUGUUCUCCCUCCUCCCUCCCAGAUACUAUAUGAAUUGUUAUUCAGUAUGGUCUUGAGGUCUGAAAUAUGAAAACUAAAAUAUAAAAGGAUCUUUCACACAGGUGCGGGAAGAGAAAGUAGCAGAGGAAAAGACCAAGAAAAGAAUAUCUGCUAAGAAAAUGGGGGAAGCAGAAGCGCGAAAACAGAAGGUGCUUCAGAUGGUGAGCACUGUAUUGAAUGUCAAGUGAAAGGGUGUACAGAAGAGAAUGAAACUGAGGCAGAGGAUUAAGCCCUGCAUGCUGGAGACUGAAAUAGUCAAACUCCUGAGCAACGUCUUAUUGUAAUCCUGAAAAGUGCAUUUGCUGUUGCCUGAAGUAUCAAACCCUGGAGGUCUCCUUGGAAAGAGGAAGAUGCAUUUAAAUCUCCGCUGACCUGUUGUUUCCUACUAACAAAGCCAGACCACAAGGAGUUGUCAGAAGGGGUGAGGAGUGAGCAAAAUAUGGAGGGACUCUUGGUGGUGAGAAUAUGUAGGUUUUUAAAACCUACCCCAAUGUCUUUGCAUCUAGCUUCCUAGCAUUCAUGUGGAUAAGAGGUAAUACCAUUGCCACAUGCCCUCAGAGAUAUUAAAUGCAAAAUCCUCUAGCUCAGACAUUACCUUCUAUAUCUCCUGGGGAGCCAUGAAAAAAGCACCCAAGUCCCACUGUGGUUUUCGCUGCACGUAUGGGUGAGAAUUGAGAAGUAUUGUCUGAACUGCUUGGUUUGUUUCUAAAGCAUUCUGCUUGGCUAUUUAUGUUUUAAUAAACCUUGUUGUUACAAUAAAACCUCUCUUAAUACAAUUACUGUUGUGCACAUAAGCAGCAGUUAAAUAUAAUGGGGCAGAGUUCUCUUCGUUGCACUACAGCAGCCUUUCUCAACCUUGGGUCCCCAAAUGUUGUUGAACUACAACUCCCAUCAUCCCUAGCUAGCAAGGCCAGAGCUCAGGGAUGAUGGGAGUUGUAGUCCAACAACAUCUGGGGACCCAAGGUUGAGAAACACUGCACGACAGGGAUUUGGCAUUUCCCCACCUGCUCUUCGUGUUUAUGGUGGGUGCUGAUUCUGUACUCCUUGUUUCAGGAAGAAGGGCACAAACUUCGAGAGUGGAAGACCGUUGGAGAAAUUAAGAAAAUGCUGGAGCACAAUUGCACAAAACAGGGGAAAGGGUGAGGACUUUGCUUCCUCGGUUACAAGGUUGGAUGACCCUAGGAACACUUGAUGGAAUGGUGUAGAUGCAAUUCUGAUGACUUCCCAAAAUUGUGUGUAAAAGGGCCAGUUCUAAAACCAUAUGGCUUUCUUUGGGGUAAUAUGUGCAUUUUGUAAUUAAGGGAAACUGCCUAAAGCUGCAGUCCUAACACACACUUGCUAGUAAUCUAGUCACAAGUAAACAUGUUUAUGUAUGCUCUCCUUUCACUUUUUAGACACCAUGGACAGCAUGAUAAAGAGAAAUUGGUGAGACCCCAGGAGCUAGCAGUAGUUACAGAAGAGGAAGAAAAUCUGAAGGUACGCCAAGGAAUUGGAAAACCAGGAUUUGAAGUGGGGCUGGGCAUAAAGCCCCACUUGCCAGCAGCUAUGUAAACAAACCCCUCUAAUUUUAGCAGAUGCAUUUUCAAAAUGCAGGACAUCAACUUGACCCUUGUACUGCUGAUGGGAACUGCUUGAAUUGAGUACUUGCUUGUCUGACACCAUUUAAAUUCUGUAAAGUGCUGUGUUAAUCUUGUGCAGCUAUGUUCCCACCAUACUGAACCAGAUUGUAAGUUUGUGCACAUUUUUUGCACGAUAUGCUCUACAAGAGAACUGAGUUUACAGUUAUAUUUGUUCUUCGGGGAAUGGGAUGGGUGUCUGGGGAAUCACCCGGGGAAAGGUAGCGAUCACAAUUAUGCUUCACUGAUGAUGGGGGAGCAGGCAGGAAGAGUUAACGGACUUAUUAGUGGAUCAUCUUAAUGGAUUUUUCUGAAAAGAAACUUGUUUUUUGAAGACCCUCUGCAUCUUUACAAAAAAUAGCUGCUGGUGCCUUCUAGUGAAGAGGCUACCCUGCUAAAUUUCAAUGCAGUCUGGGUGAAGUGGAUGGAAUCAAAGACCAUUGUAGAAUGGUCAGCUAAUAAAUCUGAUCUUGCCAAUAGGAUGAACAGAAUUCUACCCGCCUAGACGAGCUGCAGCAAGAAAAGAAAGCUAUGCAGGUGGACACAGUUCCUGCUGCUAAUAAAUGGUUGAAUAUAACUGCCCAGGUAAGCAAUAGAUAGUUGAGGCCUGUAGUCAGAUACCUGGGCUUUGAACUGGAAAGUGACUUGGAUGUCCAUUGGUAUCUCACAAACUUGUGACACCUUUUCAGUAACUGAAAUUAAAAGCAGUCCUCCGUUUUAUGCUCGGAGAUAUAUUCACUCUGCCUAUGCCCUGAGCAGUGGGCAGACGCAGUCCAAAAUUGCCUUCUGUUGCUCCUCCCUUCCCUUUGCCUCUUAAGUAAGCACUUGGGGAUGGGGCAGUGUCUGUUUCUGCAGUUCCCCUCACUUGUUGGCUAUAGAGCAAGCAGUUGUCCUGCAGUGUAUCCUUGCUGUGUAGUGUACCUCAAAGCAUCAGUGGGGCCUACACUGUGAUUAAAGCAGAUCAAGAACAGCCAGGUGGUAUAUUGCUGAAUGUUAAAUGCCUCCAACUUGGGGACCUUUUAUUUCUCUUCUCCCCUCACCCUACCAAUACCACCUAGCACAGCCGCUUGGCUGUCACUGGCAUAGGGUUUUGAGUGAGUUUUGUGACCCAGACGCUGCAUUAAGCAUUUCCUGAGGCUGUACACUUCCUUCCUCUUUGAAGGAGACAAGGCAUCAAAAAUAACACUCUUUUGAAUACAUAUUGGAAGAAACCUACAGCUGUUUAUGAAUUCUAAAGGUGCUGCAGUUCUAACAAAUGAGCACAAGGGGGCAUGAGAAUAUGAUAAACUAAGCUGUUUGACUGCUGUUAUCAAAGAAGACUGGGAAUAUUUGUAAAGGGCAGCCCCUCCAUGGCUGUUGCCAGUGCUUUUUUCUGGGGGGACACAUACCCCUAACCUUUUGUGAAUCUUUGUACUUUUGUCCUUUUGCUGUAUUUAUUUUUCCCAAUUUGAACUAUAAAAUGGUCAUUUUCUUGAGUCAAAAUGAGAGAACCCCCUAAACCUUUUUAAAGAAAAAAUGUACUGGCUGUAGCACCCCCAUAGGAAGGACUUAGAAGAAGCAGUACUUCCUAAUACUGAGGGGGUUACUUUGGAGCAAUGGUGUCUCGCACCCUACACACACACUUACCGGUACGCUAUUCCAUUUAGCCUGGCAGCAACCAGAAUGAGGGAGGUGAAACUUCAUAAUCUCCCAUGUUGCCUUGUGAGUAUCUGGUGUGCAGCUCCAAUAACUCACAAAAGCGCAGGAGAAGGAUUGAUUACUAGAAGCCAGCAAAAAUGCAGUUCAGCAUUGUUCUGGUUAGACCUGGAGUUAUUUUCUUUCAGCCAGUUAAGGAGGAAGCUGUGAGCGCUAUAUAUAGCAAUGCCCUUGUGUGUCUGUGAAGUCCUAGACUUCGUGGUGUUUCAAAGUGUCAGCAUGUUGGAACAAGCUCAGUUCCGGUGUAUAAUGUAACUGGCUGCUUUUGCAUCAUGUACAUUCAUGUAUUCAUUCUUGAAGUAGCCACUCCCUGGUGGCAUAUUCUGAUAGACAAACUGGAACUACCAAUCUCAAGCCUUAAUUUUCAGGAACUUGCAUAGCUGGUGCCUUUUAGUACUGUGGCGCAGUCACCAGCAUCUCCCUAGCUAUUUAUCUUUUGGACUGUACCACCAAUGGCUCAGGCCUGCAAUAGCUCAAGGACCGCCUCUCCCUUUAUAAACCAACCUGGCCUCUGCAACCAUCAUCUAAGGCCCUUUUUCGUGUGCCUCCUCUGCAAGAGGUCUGGAGGGUGGCAACACAAGGACAGGCCUUUUCUGUGGUGGCUCCCUGCUUGUGGAAUGCUUCCCCCAGGGAAGCUCACCUGGCUCUGUCAUUAUAUAUCUUUAGGUUCUAGACAAAAAUGUUUCUCUUCAACCAGGCCUUGGGCUGGUUAAUAUUCUAUGGCCUUUUAAAUGUAUUUGGGAUGGGUGUUUUUGUUUUGUUUUGCUUUGCUUUGCUUCUAACUAUUUAUUUGUGAUUCUAUCUUUUUAACUUGUGAACCACCCUGAGAUCUUUGGAUGAAGGGCAGUAUAUAAAUUUAAUAAUAAUAAUAUACACACAUUACAGAAAGUAAAAUAAAAAACUUCAAGCUCAUUAGAGCAUCCGUCUUCCAUAUUAAAUAUUCUGAUAUGGUAAUCAUAAGCUUUUCAUAGUGAUUAAUGAUCCCAGAGGACAUAUCCACAGUGUCAUUUGAGGUGCUUGCAUAAUAAGAAACUUAAGAAGGCACUGGAAGAUGGGUAGCCACAGAGCCCUGUUGGCAAAUUGCUGCACCUGUAACAUUAACCAAUCCAUUCAGGCCUCGUCUUUAUUACAGAAAUCUCCUGCUGGCCGCUCUAGUCAAAUGAGUCCCCAAGGUCUGAAAGGUACCAAGUCCCUCAAAGUCAACCACAAUGACUAUGGAAUGGACUUGAAUAGCGAUGACUCCACGGAUGACGAAAGUGAGCCCAGGAAACCCAUCCCUGCAUGGGCCACUGGUAAGAGUGAGUUUUCACUGGCCGCAAAAUGGUAUCACUGAAAUUACAGGGUUCUUGCUUCAGAUUCUGAGGGUCCUCUCGGUUUUUGCUGGGUCUGUCCUAACACGUAAAAUACAUAAACAAAUCUCUCAGAGCUCAGUUCUCCUACAAGAACCUGACAGUACCACAAGAGCCUUUACAGCGCCUCUACACAACCUUACGGAGAGAGCAAAGUCAAUGUAGGCUUCAUUGCUCUCUAUGAGAUGCUCUUUUUGGAUGGUGGAUGGUUGGUGGAAGGACCCUGAGUAAGAUGCAAGGAAGGGAAGAUCUUUUGGGGUGAGAGACUGGGAGAAGAAAGGCAAGCCCCCAGGUGAGAGCUGGGAGGGUCCCCCGCUUUCUGUGGGUUAAGAACUACCUUUGAGAGAGGACUCUGCACUUUCUUCUUUCUUCCUCUGUUUUUGUUUUUUAUUUAGUUUCUUGCAUUGCGAAAAAGCUUUAAUAAAAUCUUACAGGGGGAAAAAAGGAGAUUCAUCGUGUAGCCAACUUGACCAGCUUGAAAUAUAAUUUCUGUUCUACAGGCCUGCCUCUAUUUGGUCAUCUGACAAACUUGCUUUUUAAUUCCUUUAGGGUUUUUUGAAUCAAAGUGAUAAGUCUGCUUGUGUGGUGGAGACUAUUGGAUAAUUACAGUGGGGUAUUCCGUAUGUAGGCCGAGCCAUACCUAGAUCCUGUGAGUGCUGCAGCUGAAUUGAGCUGCUGGCUAGAGUCCACUCAUAGAUUGGGUUUCACAUUUUUCCCCCUACGUAGAAGUGUUUCAAGUGGAGAUGUGUUGCUACUUGAAGGAUUACUCACAGAAUAACUGCUUGUUUCCUCAGGUCUUCAGCUUAAUGAAGCUGUUACAUACCAAUACUACAACCCUCCGGACAUCAACAAGUUCUUUGGAGUAAUCUUAAGUCCUAAACUAGAAGCUAUCUUCUACAAAAGUAAGCCGAGGUAUUUCAAGCGCACAAGUUCAGCUGUUUGGCAGUCUCCACCUCUUCCAGGUACCAAAGCAGCAUUGCGUGCCUCUAACAGUAUGAAGAAGCACUGA